ACCCCACUUUCACUUCCUUUUCUUUAAACUUCUACAAAGAUGAAACUUGUCCCCCCUUUCCCUCCCCUUCAUGUAUAUUUCAUAACCAUUGCCAGCUCUAAUCCUGCUAGAAUACACCUCCCCAGCCUCUUUCCCCUUCUAAGGCUAACUCCAAAGUCCACUCCCUCCUUACCCUUUAAAUACAUCUAACUAGUCAUCUAUCUUCCUAACACCUUCACCAUCCAUAAUCUCUCUCUCUCUCUCUCUCUCUCUCUCUCUUAAUUGCUUGUAAGAACAAAGAAGAAGAUGAAGAUGGGGAUAAUGCCAUGUCCCUUGGCAUGUCACACAGACAAUGAAUCCCAAUCAUCAAAUUCAAGCCACCACUACCACCUGUCGGAGUCAAGCUCCCUCUCAUCCCAACCCAGUCUACCCUCCCUCCCUUCCCUCAACCCACAAGGCUCAUUACAACACCACCACCACCACGCCACUACCACUACAGCAACUUACCACUGCAUCUCAACACUCAAAGGCCACUCCUCCCACGUCUUCUCCCUCGCCCUCGCCGGCAAAUUCCUCUACUCCGGCUCCUCCGGCCGUGAAAUUCGUGCCUGGCACCGCCAUCCACCCAUUAUUAUCCCCAGUUCCAACCCCAAUCCCUCCUCCUCCUUCAUCUCAACCCAUAACAAUCAAAACGUCGUCGCCGUCGGCAAGGGCGCCGUCAAAUCUCUCGUAAUCUCCGGCGACAAACUUUUCAGCGCUCACCAGGAUCACAAGAUCCGCGUCUGGACUAUCGAUAACAACAUCGACGACCACAUGUACAAGCGCUUAGCUACUCUUCCCACGCUCACCGACCGUGUCCUACGGUUCCUCCCACCCAAGAACCAUAUCCAGGUCCGCCGUCACAAGAAAUGCACAUGGGUUCAUCACAUCGACACCAUCUCCGCCUUAGCCCUCUCUCGUGACGCCUCCCUUCUCUACUCUGUCUCUUGGGAUCGAACCAUCAAAGUCUGGCGAACCUCCGAUUUCAAAUGUCUCGAAUCCAUCGCUAACGCCCACGACGAUGCCAUCAAUGCCUUAGCCUUAUCCAACGACGGCUACAUCUACACGGGCUCCGCCGAUACCAAGAUUAAGGUCUGGAGAAAGCUAAAUGGUGACCGUUCGCAUUCCCUUGUGGCCACUCUUGAGAAACACAAAUCCGCCGUCAAUGCUUUGGCUCUUACCACUGAUGGGUCUGUACUAUAUUCCGGUGCCUGCGAUAGAUCGAUCGUGGUCUGGGAAAAGGACAGCGCUGCCUCUACGGGAGGAGAAGGUGGUCACAUGGUGGUGGUUGGGGCACUAAGGGGACACACAAAGGCCAUUCUCUGCCUCUCAGUGGUGUUAGAUUUGCUGUGCAGUGGAUCAGCUGACAAGACUAUCAGGAUUUGGAGGAGAGGCAUUGAGAAUAGUUACAGUUGUUUGGGGGUUUUGGAAGGGCAUGGAGGACCCGUGAAGUGUCUCACUGCAGCCAUUGAUGGUCGUGAUUUGAUGAACAAAAGCUCGGAGGAUACCACUUCUUAUCUGGUUUACAGUGGAAGCUUGGACUGUCAUAUCAGAGUCUGGCAGAUUUUGGUGCCUAUUCAGUGAAGGUUCUGUUUGUUUGGUCUCAAGUUUCAGUUUUUUUUUUUCCAUUAAUUCUUAGUUUGGGCUCGUAAUUGUAUUAACCUAAAUAUUUCCUUUUUACUCUUUCAUUUUUUAAAAUUUUUGUCACUCCGGAUUUGGAUUGCUGACAUUAAUUGUAAAUAUUAGUGAGCAGACUAUAUUAUAGAUGCUGUUUUCUUUGUUUUAAAUCAACUAUAUAUGAUUUGUGAUUUUCA